GUGCACUUCCGGUGCGCGCGCGUGCUUCCUGGAGUUCCAACAUGGCCGCUGAGCAGAGCGUAACGACGCGCGAGAGGAAGAAAUGGAAAAUUGAUGGCGAUGAGGCCAAAGCGAGCAUCAGCAACAACAGUAAGCAGGACACACGGACCAACCUGGCAGUUCCUUUCCGGGGUCACAUCACGGGUGGGUUGCACCCAGGGAGGAAGGUGGUCAUCGUGGGCGUCGUGGACUCCCAUCCUGACAAGUUCUACGUGGCCUUGACGUGUGGGCGGUGUACGCGGGACGGGGAGCCCCCGCCAGAUGUCGCCCUGGAGAUGUGCGUGUGCUUUGGGGGGGGGCAGCACCAAGUGCUGCGUCGGGCCUGCGUGGCCGGCGCAUGGAGCCGCGCCGACAGCGCCGUCCCCUUCUUUCCUUUCAUUCCAGGGCAACCCUUCAAGAUGGAAGUUCAGUGUGAGUUGGGACGCUUUCGAGUCUUUGUGGACGGGCAGAAGCUUUUUGAUUUCCAACAUCGAGUGGCACCACUCCACCUGGUGGACACGCUGUGGAUCAAAGGCAGCAUCGCCAUCACCAAGCUGGGCUGAAGGCGGUGCCGCCGCUGAUGGAGGACAUUGACAUUGACAUUGGCAAUGGCUCCGGACACACCCCUGGCCAUUUGAUUAGGCACACCGCCACUUUAACGCGGUAAGCUACAGCUGGUUUCUGUUUGGGUCAUAUGUUCACACCCUCGACCUUAUUUUGACCUUUGUCACCAUGCUAAGGGGCUACAUGUUGGCCUCAUAAAGGUCACCUAUUUGACAAUAUUUCAAGGUUUGAACAUACAGUGGUGCCCUGAGAUACAAGUUGAACUCCUUCUGUGACCAUGCUCAUAUCUUGAAUCAUCUUUCCCCAUUAAAAUUAAUGGAAACAUUUUUAAAUCAUACAGUAAUGAUAUAAUUAAAUAGAAUGUAAAGAAUUAAACGGUCACACUUUUUGCUUCAAUUCAAAGGACAUUGUGCUGCUCCUUCUGGUGUGAGCGCCUUGGUUACCGGGUAAUGCAGACGUACGAUAGACAUAGAGACUCCUCAUUCCUCGGUAAACCACAGUAAUAUUUGUCAUUCUUUGCAGAGGACAAACAUGUAUAUAUGCCUAUGAGUAUUGUGAUAUUAUCUCACUACAUUUACUGCUUGAAGCAUUAUUAUACUGCCACAUACAUAAGCUUCCACUAUUUGUUAGCCCGUCUAUGGCAUUUUCCCAGUUUUUGUCAGGCCAUGUUAUUGUUUUAAAUACACGUGUAAUUGUCUUUGUUUAUGAAGUGCUCUUAUCUCACGUUUUUGCUCACAAGUCAAAGCAAACAUUUGUGAGUCGGUUCAGUUGUAUCUCAAGGCACUACUGUGUCACACUUUGGUUUAAAUAGCGUGAAAGCGUGGAUCCCUCAAUCCCUGUAGUCUAGUUCUGGUUCUUUUCCUGAAAAGAUGUAUUGGUUAGACCGACUGAUCCUGAUUCAAAUGUGAAACAUCCAUCCAUCCAUUUUCUGAGCCGCUUCUCCUCACUAGGGUCGCGGGCGUGCUGGAGCCUAUCCCAGCUAUCGUCGGGCAGGAGGCGAGGUACACCCUGAACUGGUUGCCAGCCAAUCGCAGGGCACAUACAAACAAACAACCAUUCGCACUCACAUUCACACCUACGGGCAAUUUAGAGUUGUCAAUUAACCUACCAUACAUGUUUUUGGGACGUGGGAGGAAACCGGAGUGCCCGGAGAAAACCCACGCAGGGACGGGGAGAACAUGCAAACUCCACACAGGCGGGGCCGGGGAUGGAACCCCGAGCCUCAGAACUGUGACGCAGACGCUCUAACCAGUCGUCCACCGUGCCGCCAAAUGUCAAACAAUGCGUCAAAUUGUCAUAUUAGUCAUGCAUGUUGUCGUGUGCUGAUAUGAGGAUGUUGCCCUUCACUGUACCUAUUAAAUGAUCCAUAAGGUUAACUAUAGAUAUGUGCGUAUACAGUCGUAUAGUGCUAGAUAAAUGCACUGUUUUUAAAUAUUUUAUUGCCUUUAUAAAUGUAAUUCUCAUUGUAAAAACAAUCAUGUGUGCUGUUUAUGAAUAUUUGUAAUCAUGCAAUUCUCAACAUGGCUACCUGGUAUUAUUCUGUAAAUAAGAUCAGUCAUUGAUGAAAGAUGAUAUGACUAGUUUUCAUGUACAGUCUUGUUUUUUUCUUCAUGCUAUUGUUUCUGACCAAUCAAUGUUUA